AUGUCUCAGACCCUUGGGCUGACCCUCACGACCCAACCAGAUGUCACGCCGCCGUCUCUGGGACGGUUGGCAUCUCGAAUAGCCGUGCUUCUCAUGGGUAAGCACAAGCCGAUCUGGGACCCUUCAACAGACUGCGGAGACUAUGUCGUCGUGACGAAUUGCGCGGCGCUGCACACAACCGGCCGCAAGAUGUGGCGAAAGUCAUACUACAGACACACUACGCGACCCGGAAGUCUGAAAGAGCUCACGAUGGAUGCACUCAUGGAAAAGCAUGGAGGCAGCGAGGUUUUGCGAAAGGCUGUACGGGGCAUGCUGCCCAAAAAUAGACUGCGGGACAAGCGACUUGCGCGAUUGAAGGCCUUUGAGGGCGAUGCACAUCCGUACAAGGAUAACUUGGUGCGGUUCGGUGGUGUUGUAGUUGGCAGCGAAGGUUGGCAGCAGGCAGUGGAGAAGAUUAGAGAAUCCGACAAGAAGCGGUUAUGA